AUGGCACACCUCUGUGAGUGCGUCGGUGAGGGACGCCGGUGUUAUGCUCUGCGGGUGGGCCUUAAGCGCCAGGCUGCCGAGGUCAGUGAGGGACACUUCGGAUUCCCCGGCGUCCGGCUCCUCCGCCUCGAACAGCGACGGCAGGGCAUCAUGAGUGACGCUCAGGUACACGGCGUUGUGCGGGAGCCCGCAGCACCAUGUGAGCAUCUCGUAGAUGGAACACGGCGGCCGGGCACCGCCUUUGCCGCACUGCUCCCACAGCCUGUUGAAGGCGUCGCACAGUGUGGGCAGCAGGGUGAGGAAGACUUUCGCGUACUUCUCACCUUGACCGUCGGUGAACUGUGCGCCCGAGUAGGUGGAGACAUACGCACAUGUGAACUCGGCGGCGAACUUUGUGAGCCCCUCCACCAGGCCGUCCAGCACGGGGGUAGAGGGCCUGGCGAAGCUCUCAGGUCGCAGGUGACUCAGCGCCUCGGUGAGGCUGCGGAGCAGCGCUUGGAGUCUGUGGUCGAAGGUAUCGUUGUCCUUGAGCUCCUUGAGUUUGUCCUUCACGUCCUUAACGUCCCUGUCCUUUAUGGCUUCGAUGUCCGUGGUGAUUUUAGUGAGGCCUUUUUCAAAACCAUUGUCAUUCCAUUUUUCAUUACCGUCAGUAAGGCCACUGUCUUUCAGCUUCUUGAGCUUCUCGGUGACGUCAUCGUUCAACGUCACUCUAAGCCUGUUAAGCUCAUUGGUGAUUGA